AUGAUCAACCAUUAUGAAAGUCGAGUUUCUGGUAGGUCCUACGAUGUAGAGUUUCAGAAGACGAAGGAAGCGAUAAAUCACUGGCUGAGCGACUACCCCUCAUUGCAGAGACUUAUGUACCCGUUUGUUCCUUAUGUGGGGUGUGCGUACAAAUAUUUCAACACUCGUCAAGGGCUGUUUAUUAAAAUAGCCUGCGCAUAUCCAAACAAACGACCCUGGUUGGGACCACUAAUUCCGGAACCAACAGGAUACUCAUGCCGAAAUGAUUGGGAUUGUAAAAGAUAUGGCUGGCAUUACAAUUGCGUGAUCAGCGUCGGUCUCUGUUUUGCUCCAUUUGAUACCGAAUACUGGUUCGCGUAA